AUGUCAGAUCACCCCUUGCUUGGUGCAGGCAAAAGUUCCCACUAUGGUGCCUCCGACAGAAGCAGCGAUAGUCCGGUGCUUCAUGAAUACGAUGGACAGAACAGACAGGUGGUGGAGAAGAGGCUUCUCCAUAAGUUAGACAUUCGAGUUGCCUUCCUAGUUCUGAUCUACAUUAUGAGCUGCAUGGACCGCACUAAUGCAGCUGCAGCAAGGCUGCGUGGUCUUGAGGAGGACCUUGGUAUGACGGGGAAUCAGUUUAAUACACUCAUGAGCAUCUUUUACGUGGGGUAUUUGUUGACGCAAGCUCCUUCAUCGCAUGACGAGGCCAUCGCUGUACCUCUCAAGCUGCAUGGCAAUAUGGGGUGCUAUCACCGUGAUCAUGGGUAUCAUGCCAUUCUUAUCUUGCGCCUCAUGCUUGGAUUUGUUGAGGCGGCGUUUUUCCCUGGGGCUAUUUUCCUUCUUUCACGAUGGUACAAGCGCAAUGAGCUAGGGUUCCGCACAGCGCUUCUUGCUUGCGGUAGCUCAAUCAGUAAUGCUUUCAGUGCUCUUAUAGCGUCAGGAAUUUUGGCAAGCCUAGAUGGCACACUAGGUUUUACGGGUUGGAGGUGGCUCUUCUUUACUUUCCAUCAUCGCCAAGUGUUUGGCUUUUUACCUGAUGAACAGACCCUGGCCAAACGACGGAUGGAGGAGGAAGUUAUGGUCGGAAAUGAGCACGAAGGGACGCCCGCGGAGAGUUGGUCUGGUCUUGUUGAGGCACUUACAGAUUGGAGGGUAUGGUGGCUUGGUGUUGCUCUUAUUUUCAUGGACGCUUCUUUGUCGUUCCGCAUUUUUUUUCCCGACACUAUCUGCUACAAUGGGUUACAACUCGACCAUAACCCUCUUGCUCUGUGCACCUCCGUGGAUUUUGGGAACUGCAACAUCGUUUCUUGUAGCCAGUCAAGGCACUCUGAUGCUACUGGCGAUCGCUUCUGGCAUACCGCUGGUCCUCUAUUUGUCGCCAUUGUUGGGUUUAUAAUUGCAUUUUCCACUAUGAAUACGGCCGUUCGAUAUUUGUCCCUAUUCUUUAUGGCUCAGGCCCCAGUUGCACAUAUUGUGUCUUUGACCUGGGUCAUGAACACAUUUUCCCAAUCACGAUCGAAACGCGCUGCAGCCAUCGCAUUAAUCAAUGCCAUGUCAUCACUUGGCUACAUCGGUUCAUCGUACUUUUGGCCGUCCCGUUGGGGGCCUUCAUACGCAAACUCAUAUGCCAUGUGCAUCUUAACAAGCACCAUGUCUAUUGCGAUGUUUUGGGUAUUUAGGAGGCACCUCUCACGGUGCAAUAAAGCUGCUGAAGCCGAAGAGCAGGCCCUAGGGCUGCUCAAAGGCUUUAGGAUAUCUCUUAUAGCACUCAUUGAUCAAAGUGGCAAUGUUCGGUUAAGAUUUUAUUGUGUUGAGUGA